GUGACUCCGGCAUCUCCUGGACGCGACCUGCUUGUGAGGAGACCGCAGGGUAAGCAGCUCCAUUAAAAAAAAAAAUGUUUUUCAGUCCUUCAAAGUUAAUCUAAUUAAUUUUGUAUUUUAUGGGAACAUCUAAGAGUCAAGGUCAAUUCCCUGGGCAGCUUGAAACACAUGCGGAUGAUUUCAUGCCAAACUAUAAACGUGGCCAUGAGUGAACAAACGUCUGCCAGGAUGGUCGUUGACAAGGGAAAUACAAGGAAACAUCAAGGGAGACCCCGGGGCACUCGCUCUCCCACGGAUGGACAGAUUCUAAGUAGCACUCACAAUGUGAACGCUGACCCUUCACCUGGCGGCAUUUUUGCGGGUGUGAACUCGCCCACGGUGAGCGGUGACACCGGGAUACUCUAUCUGAACCCUCAAACGCCAAACUGGUCCCUCGCGGAGAAGUUCGCCGACCUUUCUCCAGUUGAAAAAGCUGGGGUCUGCGAUGAGCGGGACCGCAGCGCUCAAGCGCUGUCGCGAUGCACUAAACACCCUGAGAAGGGUCAAAUAAAUGGGUGUAACGAUGUGCAUUUGGACGCUAGGCAAAAUAAAAGCUCCAAGUACCUCAAUAGCCUCCAGAGGGAUGCCUCGGGCCAACAGAGGUCAGCUAAGCUCAAGGAGCUAAACAUUGAGGAAUACUCUCCAGGAGGUGGGAACAAUGCCAAAAAGAAGCACGUGAAUCGUCCCUCUGUCAAGAAAUUACUGAAAAAGCACGCAGACGACAAGAUCCCUCGACUUUUGGUGGCGAUGAAAAAGCGCGGCGGGGUCGACACAGAGCCCCGCCCCUUCAAGUGUCCACACUGCCAGUGGGCUUUCAAGAAGCUGUGCAACCUGCAGAGCCACUUGCAAACGCACACCGGCCUCAAGCCCCACGUGUGCGACGUAUGCGGCAAGGCCUACUCCCACCAGGGCACACUGCAGCAGCACAAGCGCCUGCACACGGGCGAACGGCCGUACCACUGCCCCUUCUGUGUCAAGACCUACAUUUGGUCCUCGGAUUACCGCAAGCAUAUCCGCACACACACGGGGGAAAAGCCCUACGUCUGCGACGCCUGCGGCAAGGACUUCAUUCGCUCGUCUGACCUGCGGAAGCACGAGCGGAACAUGCACACCAACGACAAGCCCUUCCCGUGCACGCACUGCGACAAGACCUUCAAUAAGCCCCUCUCCCUGAAGCGGCACGAGCGCAAGCACCUGGGGGAGAGGCCUUUCUCCUGCCCCGACUGCGGGAAGGCCUUCGCCCUGCCCAGUCGCAUGGCAGAGCACCGCAAGACCCACGCGGGGGUGCGCCCAUACGCGUGCCCGGUGUGCUCCAAGUGUUUCACCAAGUCCUCCAACCUGGCCGAGCACGAGGCCAUCCACAGCGGCGCGCGGCCCCACAAGUGCGCCGAGUGCGGCGUGGCGUUCGCCAUGGCGUCCCGCCUCGUCCGCCACCAGCACGUGCACACUAAGGAGAAACCCCUCCGCUGCACGGGCUGCGGCAAGAACUUCAGCCACCUCGACACGCUGAAGCUUCACCAGGAGCAGACGUGCGCCGGGAGGAUCUUCGUCUGUGUGGACUGCGACAAGUCUUUCCAGUGCGCCGCGAAGCUCGCGCAGCAUGUGCUGCACCACAGGGACAAGAGUGCAUGUGAGUCUGUUUAAAGACAGGUACUGUACAUGUACAUUCACUGCCCUGGCACCGUCUACUCCAUUAACAACUCUAUAUCUAGAUAUAUCUGAAGCGGUGUGAUAUUUGAUGGAUUUCAAAUGCUCAGGACACAUCAGAUAAAUUAAGCAUUAUUAAUUAAUAUUAUUUAUAUUAAGGUAUGCGUCUAUGAUAAUUGUGCCUUAAUGACUUUUAAACUUAAUACUCUACCCUCCUUGCCCACGGUGCCGGGUUACCAUGAGUAUGGUAUGGGAUAAAAAUUGCCACCAGCACAGCAUCGACACCGGAGCUGACAACAUUCACAGUGUAAUGUGAAAGUGGUUACAAGAGCAGUACACAGCUUUUAAAGUGACUGUAUACACUCGGCUGGCAGUUUAUCAGGAAUACAUAGCUAGAAACUAAUGCGGAUGAAUCCCACAGUGCUGCAGGUAUUUCUCUUCUUCAGUCUACGAUCAUUGAUUUAAAGGGGGUUGACAAAUUGGCAGCGUGUCUAUGUUCCCUCAACCUUAUGUUCCCUCAGCCCUGUGUUCCCUGACCCCAACGUAGGGCCUAAUUUUGAUUUCACAGAAAUGAGAGCACAUAGGGCUGACCCCGACAAAUCUAAAGAGACACCUGCCCAUAUAACUCGAUACAAUUCAACACCACCACAAACUGCAGCCUCCAGAAUGACCAUCCUCUCUUCAAACAGUUUUUCGACACAUACUGAAAAUGAUGACUGAAGGACUGCUGUGUUACACGGCAUUUGAUUUAGAUAGGUGUGCCUAAUGUACCGCCAACUGGGUGUAUAUGCGGUUAGCAGUACACACCAAAUUGCCAUUGUGCGUUUAGGAAACGCAGGCAGUUUCGAAUGGCAACCGAUACUGUGGCAUGUGUCAUCCUGAAUCUGAUGAAGCGAUGGUGCUGAGCGCGAUCAUUUCAGUCCCAACACCCUGAUUUUCACAGAUACACUGAUUUGAACCGCAGAUAAUUAAAAGUUAUCGGUGAUAUCAGUGACUUACGCUUUCAUAACCAAUUCACGUGAUGGGCAGCUGGCAGAUUAUUUUAUCUGGACAGAGGGAGGGACAGCCUAAUGCUGUCACUACCGUGUCCAUUCGUCUCUGUUUCCCGUCGCCCAGUGAGCUCACUGGACCGUGGGCGGGCCGUUUUGGUGGCGACAACUUUUCUCAAUGCACAAAAAGCAGUGGCUGCAAAAAAAAAGAGUCAUAAGCCAAUCAUAACUUCAAUCAUAACUUGGAAAAAACAUAGCCCUGACAUGCUUCUGUGACCACAUUGAUGGACCAGAGGAGUUUUUAAAGAGAAGCUGAUUAAGUUUUCAGUCAAAGCUUUCUUUUUUUUGCCAGAUGACUUGAAAGGUGGAGUUUGUACUCAUUGUGCGUUCUACUCAUGUCUUCGGUAUGAGAGGAAUAUGACAUAUCAUUAUUUCCAUGCUCCAAGUUUUGUGUGACACUGUACGUGGGUUUUUAUAGUUAAAGUUUUGUUUAGCUUAAUAUGUUUCAUAGACAUAGAAACUUUACAAAUGUCAGAAUAAUACACAAUUUACCCCGAAACAAAGUAGGAGGUUGUCCCAACAUCUUUGCAUCGAACGCCCCUUUCACUCUGGACCAAAACACAUCUACCUUCGUCUUCAAUGUGAAAUGGUACAAUUGGCAUUUAAGGGACAAAACGCGACACCCAGGUGGACACAAGAACUGUAAACACACCCGUCACUUGACAACUACAUUCCCGGUGAGCCAGACACAACAGUGACUACACCUUAUUUGUAUACAGUCUGUGGGGGGCAAUGCUAUUUAUGACAGCUAUGCCGAGAUGUUUCAAUCUCAAACGAAGGUUCAGACAGACAGGAGCACCAGCCCAUGGAUUGGAUGAGAUGUGAUGGACCCAUUUUUAACAGUCAGCCCAGCGGCUUGUAGCUCACUCAGUCCAAACAGAAAGGCAAACUUGUCUGCUGCCCUGGCAAUGUAAAAGGAGUCAAGUCACCCUUUUUAAAAUCAGGUUUACCCACGUUUAAAAAAAAAAAACUACAUGCAAGUGCUAAUUUUGGUGUAAAAGAAUAUGUUUAAAUGCAGGAAUUGCGUUGUAAUGUACAGUUAAAGCCCUUAUGACGUAUUGUAGACGAGAUCUCGAAAAGUGUUUUGGCCAAGGCUCAAGCUUCAGUUGAUGAGUGUUCAACCGUUGUCCAACUACUGUUACAUUUUACUGUGAAGGUGAAUUUCAAUAAAAUAGAAACAAUCUAUCAGUUUUUGAUAAGUAUACUCAGGUCAAUUUCUUGCUUUCUGAAGAAUCAUUUUAAAAAGAUCAUGAAACAACAAUUUCUUUUUCAAAAUUUUAACGAUAAAAAAGUAAUUAUUUCCCGAAUAAAGACAGGGUCAAUAUCUGUGGUCAGAUUUGACUCUUUGGGGAGAUGUUGGAUCUGUUCUGAAUGUGUUCAUGCUCCGACAUGCUACUGGCAGUAAGUCAGUGUGUCCCACUCACACGUGGCUCCUGCAAGUUAGUCGUGAAAGGAGGCGGCAUCUGCCAUGUUGUCAAUUGCUCUGCAUUAAGUGAGAGGCCCACGUUUGGAAUGCCAGCUAUUUAUUUAUUUUUGGCAAGUUAUAUUUAUUCAAUAUGCUUUUAAUUUGGUGUUACUAGAAUUGUGUGCCAAAGAAAAAGACUGAAAAGCGUUGACAUAUACUGUAAUGUAUAAAGCACAAAGCCGUAAGACAGAGGUACAUUUCUCAGUUACAUCAAAACAUGUUUACAAGGAGACUGUGUAAUAAAAAGAUUGUUAUCAAAUAUAUAUUCCAAGAA